UUGACUCCGCAGCUGUUUGUCUUCCUGGUUUUUCGCACUGAAGACGUUUUUUUGCGUGUUUUAAACAACAAAGACGUCAGCAGGACGAGACUCACUCAACUGGGUCCAAACAUGUGUUUGUAAUCUAAACGUUUUCAACCUAAACUGUCGUUAAAGUCUUUAAUUCUGAUGCGCCGAGACGUUUAAAGUGAAAGAAGCUCGUAAUUCUCCGUUAAUAUCCAUCAAACCAACGUCCAACAUGAGACCGGAACUGUUGGUGUGGACCGUGUGGACCGUGUUAACGGAAGCAGCCGUGUCCCCGCCGGCAGACACAGAGGAGCAGCAGUACACGUCUCUCCACUCGAUGCUCGAUGACUUUGACGUGCUGCCUCUCUCCGGCCUGCAGACCCACUCCGUCCGUCGCCGUGACGUCCAAACUCAAACUCACCUGGAGAAACUGGUCAGCUUCACCGCCCUGCAGAGACAGUUCCGACUCUACCUGCGGACCAACGAUCAGCUGUUCACCGAUGACUUCAGCGCCGUGAUCGUAGACGAAGACGGACGAGAGCGAAGCUACGCCGUUAACAGACACAACUACUUCACGGGACACGUCAUCGGGGAGGAAAACUCUCGUGUCCAGGCCCACAUAGACGACCACGAGUUCUCGGCUCACAUCCUGACGGACGAGGCCGAGUACAACGUCGAGCCUCUGUGGAGGUUCACGGAGUCGCCUCCGGACGGCCGUCUGCUGGUCUACCGCUCAGAGGACGUCAGGAACCUCAGCCGCCUCGCGCAGCCCGCAGUCUGCGGCUACGUGACCUCCGACCCUGCCCACAUCCUCCCCGUCGGGGUCAACACGGCCAUGUUGGACGACCACGACGAGGAAGAGUCUGUGUUCAGAGGGAAGCGUCAGGUCCACGACCACAGCAAGAACACGUGUCCUCUGCUGCUGGUGGCCGACCAUCGCUUCUUCAAACACAUGGGCCGCGAGGAAGAGAGCACCACGCUCAACUACCUGAUUGAACUGAUUGAUCGCGUGGACGACAUUUACCGAAACACGUCGUGGGACGAUGAGUUCAUAGGUUACGGCGUUCAGAUCCAGCAGAUCAUCAUAGAGAAGAAACCGACUCUGGUCGAUCCAGGAAAAAGUCACUUCAACAUGAAAGGAAGUCCGGUGGAGGGCCGCGGUGUCUGGGACGUCAAGAAGCUGCUGGAGCAGUUCAGCAUUGACAUCGCUGAGAAAGCCGCCAACGUGUGUCUGGCUCACCUCUUCACCUAUCAGGACUUUGACGAAGGCACUCUGGGUCUGGCCUACGUCGCCCCGUCCAAACCAGACAUCCCUGGGGGGCUCUGCUCCAAAGCCUGUCCUUCCUCAUCUACGAACGAACAAAGAGCCAUCUACCUCAACACGGGCCUGACCAGCACCAAGAACUACGGGAAGACCAUCCUGACCAAGGAAGCUGACCUGGUGACGACUCACGAGCUCGGCCAUAACUUCGGAGCAGAACACGACCCCGACAACAUCGCGUACUGCGCCCCGCGAGAGGACCAGGGCGGGAAGUACGUCAUGUACCCCAUCGCCGUCAGCGGAGACCACGCCAACAACAAGAUGUUCUCGAACUGCAGUAAACGCUCCAUCGUGAAGCGUCUGCGGGCGAAGGCUCCGGUCUGCUUCAAGCGGAGGAACAUCAACGUGUGCGGUAACUCCCGUGUGGAGCAGGGCGAGGAGUGUGACCCGGGACUGCUGCACAUCAACUCGGACCGCUGCUGCACCGCCGCCUGCAAACUGACGCCUGGAGCUCAGUGCAGCGACAGGAACAGCGCGUGCUGUAAAAACUGCCAGUUCGAGUCUGAAGGUGAAGUCUGUCAGGAGCCCAUGAACGCCACCUGUAAAGGACACUCGUACUGCACAGGAAGCAGCAGCGAGUGUCCUCCGCCGGAGAACGCUGCCGAUAAAACGGUGUGUCUGGACAGCGGCGAGUGUCUCAACGGAGAGUGUAUUCCUUUCUGUCAGGCCAUCCUGAAUCUGCAGCCCUGCGCAUGCAACGAUACCGACUCGUCGUGUAAAGUGUGUUGCCGCGGCGCCGGUGGCGUCUGCGCUCCCUACCCUGACCCAACGGGCAACGCCCUGUUCCUGCGUAAAGGCAAGCCCUGCACCGUGGGCUUCUGUGACGGAGCGGGGAAGUGCAUGAAGCAGGUCCAGGACGUGGUGGAGCGUCUGUGGGACUUCAUCGACAAACUGGACAUCAACACGUUUGGGAAGUUCCUGGCCGAUAACAUCGUGGGCUCCGUGGUGGCGUUCUCGCUGCUGUUCUGGGUUCCCUUCAGCAUCCUGGUCCACUGCGUGGACAAGAAGCUGGAUCAACAAUAUGAACAGACCACCAAGACUCUGUUCUUCCACAGUAAUGCCGAGCUCCUGAGCAGCCUGGAGUCCGCAUCAGUUAGGAUCUUCAAACCUCCGACCUUCCCGACCAGCACAUCCUCCGCUGGUCUGCGUUUCCAGCCGGUCAGCUCUUUGCAGACCCCCAGCAGCCCUCUGCUCCCUGGCUCCGCCCCCGACUCCGCCCCCGACUCCGCCCCCAGCCAAGGCCACGCCCCUCUGGAUAGCCCCCGCAUGGCCACCAUCCAGGAGGACCCCAGCUUGGACUCGCACCUGGACACGGAGGCUCUGGAGGAGGCGUUCGGCCGGCCGGCCGGCUCCACUCAGCGCUCCUUCGAAGACCUGACGGAGAAUAGCGUGACUAGUCGCGGCGGGAAGGCUCUGAUGCUCAAACUGCAGAGACAGCAUCAGAUCGACACCAAGGAGACGCAGUGCUGAGAGCGCACGCUGCUCCAAAAAUCCACAGUUAGAUUCAAGUUAAACUUUUUUUAUUCCCCCAACAGUGAAGUCACUUUUCUCAACAACCAGUCCCUCCAGAAAAACAUGAUUAUAUGAUCUCAUAACUCAACGCAUAAUCAGCCAAAGUCUGCAUAUUUAU